AUGACGGAUUCGCUCUCGCAUUCCCUCCCGUCGUCGGUAGCGGACAACACGGACGGGCACAGCGAGCUGAGCUCGAUCCGCACGAGCAGCGGCAUGUUCAUCGCCGUCGCGGAGGAUGCGGUCAUCGCGCGCAUCGAGGCGCGCAUCGCACAGUGGACCUUCCUGCCGCUCCCCAACCAGGAGGCCAUGCAGGUGUUGCGGUACGAGAAGGGGCAGAAGUACGAGCCGCACGUGGACUAUUUUCACGACCCCAACAACCGCAAGCGCGGUGGGCACCGGUACGCCACGGUGCUGAUGUACCUCAACAACGUCACCAAGGGCGGGGAGACCGUCUUCCCCACCGCUGACGACCCCUCGCCCAAAGACGACUCGUGGACUGAAUGCGCCAAGGGGAAACUCGCUGUGAAGCCCUCUAAAGGCGACGCGCUUCUCUUCUACAGCAUGCACCCGGACGGCUCGCCCGACCCGUCGUCGCUGCACUACGCAUGCCCUGUGGUGGAGGGGGUCAAGUGGUCCGCACCCAAGUGGAUCCACGUCGCAGACUUCAGCAAGACCUACUCGGGGCCGUCGGGCGGGGUCGGCUUGGCUGACAUGGCGGGCGGCGGGCAGGGGGUGCUGUCGGGGUGCAUUGAUGCCAACGCCUUCUGUCCCAGCUGGGCGGCGAGUGGGGAGUGCGAGAAGAACCCUGCCUACAUGCACGAGUCGUGCCGCAAGUCAUGCAAGCAGUGCUAG